AUGUUAAAGCACUGCCUAUUUUGGUUCACUUUUGGACUAACUUUUACUGGAAAACCUUUUUGGAUAAAAGGUGUAUCUUCUGAACAGACACCCAGACUUUCCACAUUAGAAAUAAUCAUUCCUCGAAGUCUGACAGGCAGAGAGAAACAUCACCCAUUUUUUCAUGAGGAGCAUUCAGAUGACAACCUUUCUUACUCAGUGAAAACCAGAAAUGGAACAUAUCUCCUAAAACUGAAGAAAAAUAAAAAGCUUGUUAGUGAAGACUUUAUGCUGUUUACAUAUGGGGAAAAUGGGAAACUGGAGGCAACACAAUCCAAAAACGAGACACACUGUUAUUAUCAUGGCAUUGUUGAAGGAAUUGCUGACUCAACAGUUGCUCUCAGCACCUGUGAUGGCCUGAGGGGAAUCCUCUACAUUGGUGGCAAAUGGUAUGGAAUGGAGCCACUCAACACAUCCAGCACAUUUGAACACGUGUUUUAUGAAUUAGAAGACAAGCAGGACGUGCCCUUCCACUGUGGGGUGCUGAACGGCAGCCUUCAGCACGAGAAGAUGUUUGUCAAGCAGGCUGUGGAGUACACAUUCUCAUCAAACACUACCUCUAGCAGGGAGAAGCUUUUGAGGGAGAAGCGAGCUGUCCUGCCUCAGAAAAGCUAUGUAGAAUUAUUUGUGGUUGUGGACAACCAGAGGUUUUUGCUGAAGAAUUCUGAUCCUGCUGCGGUGCAAAAGGAAACAGUUGAGCUGAUUAAUUAUGUUGAUGGGAUGUAUAGACCAUUAAACAUCCAGAUUGUUUUGGUUGGAUUGGAGAUUUGGACAGAUGCAAACCACAUAUCUGUAAUGGAUGGUUCAGCUGGGGAUGUUCUGGGUAGAUUUGUUUCUUGGAGACAGAAAGAUCUUCUUAAGAGAUCAAGAAAUGAUGUCAGUCAUCUCAUAAUAGGGAGAGGCUCUUUCAGGGGAUCCAUUGGAAUGGCUUUUGUGGGUACUGUCUGCUCACAAGUGCAGGGAGGGUCAAUCAGCACUUUGAAUCAUGACAAUAUGUUACGUCACGCCACGGUGGUUGCACAUGAGUUGGGGCAUAAUCUCGGAAUGAAACAUGAUGAUAAGAGGUGUCCUGCAUCCUAUAUCAUGCACAGCACAGAUAAUGGAUCCAGGAAUUUCAGCACCUGCAGUGCUGAUGAUUUUGAGACCCUUAUUCUAAAUGGAGGAGGAAACUGCCUUAGAAAUCCUCCCAUGACGAGUAAUGUGUACAGAGAACCUGUCUGUGGUAAUAAUGUGGUUGAUAACAACGAAGAAUGUGACUGUGGCAAACCACAGGAAUGCUCCAACCCCUGCUGUGAUGCUGCAACCUGCAAACUCACACCUGGAUCCCAGUGUGCUCAAGGACUGUGCUGCAAAAAUUGCAAGUUCAAAGUGGCAGGAGCAGAGUGCAGAGCCAAAAGGGAUUUCUGUGAUCUCCCUGAAUACUGCAAUGGAAGCAAUGCCUACUGUCCAGAGGACGUUUACAUCAUGAAUGGUCACCCAUGCAGCAACAACAAGGCAUAUUGCUACUAUGGAGUUUGCCAGAGUUUUGAUUCACAGUGUGAAGCUAUAUAUGGGAAAGGGGCACGGAAAGCACCUGAUAUAUGCUUUGAGAAAGCAAAUAUUAAAGGAGAUAGGUUUGGAAACUGUGGAAUGAAAGGUGGAGUGUACAAGAAAUGCCCUGUCCAGCACAGUCUGUGUGGCAAACUCCAGUGCACAUCUGUCAGUCUCCAAAACCUUCCUGCCUGGAGUGUUGUCAAUAAUGCAUCUGGGGUUUUAUGCUGGUCUUCUGACUUUGACCUAGGGACAGAUAUCCCUGAUCCUGCUCAAGUUCAUGAAGGGACAGCCUGUGGAGAAAACAAGGCCUGUGUAGGUUUCGAAUGUGUUGAUGCAACAUUUCUGGGCUACAACUGUGAUGUAAAGCAGAAGUGUAAUAAUAAUGGGGUGUGUAACAACAACGGGAACUGCCACUGCAAUGCAGGAUGGGCCCCUCCGUUCUGUAACCAGUCUGGCUACGGAGGCAGCGUUGACAGUGGUCCUGCCCACAUAGACACAUCACUUCGGGAUGGGCUGCUUAUCUUCUUCUUCCUUGUGCUGCCAGUUGCCAUCGUUGCUGCAUUAGCAAUAAUUAAGCGGGAUGCAAUAAGGAGAAAAUUUUGCAGGAAGAGUAGAAGACAGCACAGGGAUAACAAUGUGCAGGAAGCAAAGCAAGAUAACAAACCAAGUCAUGACACAAGAAAUAAUCAGCCUGCCACAUCAAGUCCAGAUAUUUUUACCAUAUUGCAUUUUCCUGGUACAAGGCACCCAGUACAAACCCAAUUUCCUGCAGUUCCCUCAGGACCUCAACGACCCCCAGUCCCACCUAGACCAGCAGUCUGAAAAGCUUCUUGGGAACCCUCAACCAAUUCUGACAAGUAACUGGCCUGAAAA